AUGGCUGCGAUAUCUCCUGUUGUGGCUAGCGCGAUUAGAGGCAGCACAUUUGCGCUGUCCUGCAAGAGCAACGCCACGAAUACCGUUUCCCAGCGACUCGCUAUUCGUCGAACGCGAUAUGAUGGUCUUCGCAAUAAGGGGAACAGUGUUCCAGGUAGAGGCAUGCGAUCAGCACGACUGAUCGAACGAAACGCACGGGCCAAGCUCCACGUGUCAGUCGCUGCAAGCCUUGAGAUUGACAUGGACUUCGCCCCUCCGCCUAUCGACGGCGACCUGACGGAGACGAUGGAAGAUUAUGGAGCGGAGUUUGAUGCGGAAGGAGUGCCUGUGACGUUCAACAACAACGAUGACGACGCCACUAAUGCAGCCCUCAACUCUGUCGCUGUCUUUGACAUGUCUCACUUCGGCAGAAUCAAAGUAUCUGGGGAAGACCGAAUUCGAUUCCUGCAUAACCAGACCACGGCUGACUUCAACUCCCUCUCCCCUGGACAGGGAUGCAUGACUGUGUUUGUGUCACCAACAGCCCGAACCAUUGAUCUCGCCACUGCAUGGGUUAUGGCCACUUCUGUUAUUCUCACAGUCUCACCCGGCAAAGCUCAGAAGCUGGUUACCACAAUGGACAGGUACAUCUUCCCAGCGGACAAGGUAUCAGUGGCGGACAUUUCAGACCAGACCAGGCUGCUUGCCCUCAUCGGCCCUCAGGCACCCACGGUUGUGGAGAAGCUUGGUCUGAGCCAGCUGCUGGGGCAGCCGGAAGGGACCCAUGCACACUUUGCUGUUGAGGGGGCGCCGGCAACAGUGGGUGUGGGCAGUGGGCUGGGCGCCUCUGUGCCUGGGUUCCUGCUCAUGCUGUCAGCUGACGUGGCGGGUCGCGUGUGGAGCCACCUCACCGACGGGUUUGGGAUCACCCCGAUUGGUGCGGCCGCGUGGGAGAGGCUGCGAGUCCAGCAAGGGCGCCCCAUGCCGGGGUCGGAGCUGACGGAUGAGUUCAACCCACUGGAGGCAGCUCUCUUCCAAUGCAUCUCCACCACCAAAGGGUGUUACAUGGGCCAGGAGACCAUUGCCAGACUGAUUACAUAUGACGGGGUUAAGCAACAACUGUGGGGCCUCCGCCUCGCCAACCCAGUCUCUGUUGGUGCAAUUAUUACAAACAAGGAAGGAGCAAAGAUUGGCAAGGUCACAAGUUGCGUCCACGGCCCUCAUGUUCAUGAUGGCACAACCUCGUGCGAAUACCAUGCCCUCGGAUACCUCAAGAGGCAAGAGGGUGGAGAGGGCACUGUUGUGCUUGUGGAGGGGCAAGAAGCUGCAGUCACUGACCUUCCUUUUGCUCAGAGAAACCUCAGUUAG